GCUCCGUCCCUAGCUUGAUAAAUCCCUGCGAAUCUUUCUACCGAGAUCUCGUUGCUACUACAGUUUUGUUCACCAUACGUAGGGAGAUUGCUUCUGUGUCCCUACUUUGAAGUCCAAUUGGCCAUUUGUUCUUGCUUUUUUUCAACUUUGCACCGUUGCCCAUUUGCCCAAUUUGAGCAACCGAAUGCGCUGUCCGCCCCUAUUUUGCGGCGGUCAUGCAAAUUAAAUAAUAAUAAUAAUUCGUUAGAAAAUAGUGAGCUGAGGAAAGCACCGGAAUACCCCUCGUGGCUUAUGUGCUGCAUCCCCUCCCUGUUGACCACGUGCUCAAUCCUCUUCGACCUUAAAUCGAGCAGCGGGCGUGAGCGGGCAGCACAUUUGGGAGGUGCGGCGGGGUGCGGGCUGGAGGUACGUGGGAGGUGCCGGCUCUGGCUCUGGGGAGAAAAGGCUGCAGGCAGCAGCAGGGGAGGAGGCCUGCUUGGGCUGAUGAAGAAGAAGGUAUCGAGAGCUGUGGCGGAGGAGAAACGUGUUGUAUUCACGGGCCAUUCAUCAGGUGGUUCAAUAGCCACCCUUGCUGCUAUAUGGUUUCUUGAGAAGUGCACCAAAAGGGGAAGUGUUAAUCAAGCACACCCAUUUUGUGUUACCUUUGGGGCUCCUCUUAUUGGAGACAACAUCUUCAACCAUGCUGUUAGAAGAGAGGGCUGGUCACAGUGUAUUUUGCAUUUUCUCCUGCCACUAGACAUUGUCCCACGCAUACCACUAACUCCUCUUGCAUCGUUCAGAGAAGAAAUUCAAGCUGUUCUGGAUUGGUUAUCUCCUCAAACACCAAACAACUCACCUGUUGGGAGGUCUUUUGUCAUACCUGCGUAUUAUGAAACUUCAUUGAGAAGCGCGCUGUCUAUUGCCAGCUACGAGGCCUGUUCUUUCAUGGGAUGCACUAGCUCGAUCCUGGGGACAUUGACUUCCUUCAUUGAGCUCUCCCCUUACAGACCCUGUGGGACUUAUCUUUUCCUGACAAGCAGUGAACAACUGAUUGUUCUCACAAAUUCAGAUGCUGUACUGCAAUUGUUAUUUUACUGCCUUCAAUUGGAUCCCCAACAACAAUUGCUUGAUGCUGCUGCUAGAAGUUUAAGUGCUCACUGGCAGUAUGAACCAAUUAAACAAUGCAUCCAGGAUAUAAUUUGUGUGGAUUACCUGGGAACAUUCUCAUCAGCCCUUCCCGGUAGGCAGUCAGACAGAACGGCAAUCGGAAGCGUUGAACUGAGCAAGGAAGCUAUACUGCACCUUUCUGCAGCUGCACAGUGGGAGAAGCAAAAACAGAGAAACCAGAAAAGGAUAGAUGAUAAAAACUGCAAAAAUAUUCAGGAAGCCCUGAAAUCCCUAAACGAAUACAAAAGAACAUGCGAACUCCACGGAGUGAGCUACUAUGAUUCCUUCAAGGUUCAACGAGAAGUGCACGACUUCAAUGCAAAUGUACGGAGGCUGGAGCUAGCUGGCCUCUGGGAUGAGAUAGUUGAGAUGCUGCGGCGGCGUGAAUUGCCAGACGGUUUUGAAGCGCGGGAAGAGUGGGUGAGUUUGGGAACCUUGUACCGCCGGCUGGUUGAGCCUUUGGACAUUGCAAACUACUACAGGCAUUCCAAGAACGAGGACACUGGCCCCUACCUCUCAAAGGGGAGGCCGAGGCGCUACAAGUACACCCAGAAGUGGCACGAGCAGCUGCGGCGCAUCCCCUCCGGUUCCAGCCUCGAGUCCUGCUUCUGGGCAAUGGUUGAGGAGCUCCAGGCUGAGAUGACCGAUGGCAGAGCGUUCGAGGAUCUGAGAGACAGGGUGGUUAAACUUGAGAGCGACGCGCACGGAUGGCUUACUUCUGGAAGUUUGGGUAAUGAUGUAUUGCUGAGUAGCUCAUCUUUUGUGAUGUGGUGGAAGACGCUCCCAGAGCAGCACAGGUCUGCAUCAUGCAUCUUGAAACUCAUGUCUCAGUAGGGAUUUCUCCACACCUUCCUGCUUUAUGUUUGGCUUCCACUGACGAGCUAGCUGUUCCUGAUCUGCUGGGGACUGCUGCCACUGUAUAUUGUAUGCAUUAGCUCUAUGCAAAUGUAAAUAUUGCUGCUUUGUAUCGUAUUCUCUACAGUAAACAGCGCAUGUCAAUUGUUUCAAGUUUUUUUACCUGUUUGGUUGAUGCGGCCAACGAAAAAAAAAAUCAUGUACAACAAGGCUGUCACUUCAAACAUGAGUAAUUCUGUCAGACAAGAAUGACUAUACAUACAAUUUAGAGUUAUGUUCCAUAGUUUUUCGAUUUCA